CAGACACGCGCGCACGCACACACGCACGCAUCACACAGCACCGCACGAGGAGGAGAGAUGGCCGGUAUUUUCGGGAAGAUCUUCGUGGGCAUUUACGUGGAGAUUAAACGGAGCGACGGACGGAUCCACCAGGCGAUGGUCACAUCACUGCAUGAGGACAACGAGAGUGUGACAGUGGAGUGGAUCGAGAACGGAGACACCAAAGGGAAAGAGAUCGAUCUGGAGAGCGUCUUUGCUCUGAAUCCAGAUGUUGCUCCUGAUGAGGAGAUCCCACAGAGCCCCGAGGCUCCUCCCUCCAGCGUUGCCAAAACCAGCAAACUCCCCAAGACCAGGCGGAUCACAGCAGUACCAAAGGCUGAGAACGCUCCCCGGGAGAACAGAGCUGCAGCAGUGGGAACCACCCGAGCUCGUCCCAGCCAGCAGAGCCAGCCUGCGGAGCCCCCGCCGCCGGCCAUCGCUCCCCAGACCGCACUCAACCAGUCGCUGUUGCAGCAGCAGAACGCUCGGAGGAAAUCCAACUGCGUGAAGGAAGUGGAGAAACUGCAGGAGAAACGAGAGAAGAGGCGACUUCAGCAACAGGAGCUCCGAGAGAAGAGGGCACAGGAGGUGGAUGUCAAUUUACCAAACUAUGAAAUCAUGUGUAUGAUCAGAGACUUCAGAGCCAGUCUGGACUACAGGCCUUUAAACAGUAAUGAUCUGAUCGAGGAGCACAGGAUAUGUGUGUGUGUGCGUGCACGCCCCCUCAAUAAAAAAGAGCUGUCAGUGAAGGAUUUGGAUGUGAUCACCAUUCCCAGUAAGGAUGUGGUAAUGGUCCACGAGCCCAAGCAGAAAGUGGACCUGACCCGCUACCUGGAGAACCAAACUUUCCGAUUUGACUACGCCUUCGAUGAGAACUCCACCAAUGAAAUGGUUUACAGGUUCACAGCUCAGCCGCUGGUUGAGACCAUUUUUGAGAGGGGGAUGGCGACCUGCUUUGCAUACGGACAAACUGGAAGUGGAAAAACACAUACGAUGGGAGGGGACUUUUCAGGAAAGAACCAGGACUGCUCCAAAGGGAUCUAUGCACUGUCUGCCAGAGAUGUUUUUCUCAUGCUGAAGAAGCCAAAUUACAAGAAGUUGGAUCUCCAAGUGUUUGCCACAUUUUUUGAGAUUUACAGCGGGAAGGUGUUCGACCUGCUGAACCGCAAAGCCAAGUUGCGUGUCCUGGAGGACGGGAAGCAGCAGGUGCAGGUGGUGGGGCUGCAGGAGAGGGAGGUGAAGUGCACAGAGGACGUCCUCAAACUCAUCGAAGUGGGAAACAGCUGCAGGACUUCUGGCCAGACCUCAGCGAACGCCCACUCCUCUCGGAGCCACGCCGUGUUCCAGAUCAUUCUGCGUCGGCGGGGCAAGAUGCACGGAAAGUUCUCCCUUAUCGACCUGGCGGGGAAUGAGAGGGGGGCGGACACGUCCAGCGCUGACCGUCAGACUCGUCUCGAGGGAGCUGAGAUCAACAAGAGCCUGCUGGCCCUGAAGGAGUGUAUUCGAGCUCUGGGCAGAAACAAGCCUCACACACCGUUCAGAGCCAGCAAGUUAACCCAAGUGCUGAGGGACUCGUUCAUCGGGGAGAACUCCCGAACAUGCAUGAUUGCAACCAUCUCUCCUGGGAUGGCGUCCUGUGAAAACACCUUGAACACGCUGAGAUACGCCAACAGAGUGAAGGAGUUUGGGAUAAGUCCCUCAGACAUCCCGUUCUCCCAGAGCGGCGGCGGAGGCGGUCGCGCCGAGCUCUCCCCGACAUACGAGGUGAAGGAGCUCACUGUGGACCCCGUGGCGGCGAUGGACAGCCGUCAGGGAGGACACGUCAACCAGCUGGAGGUGCUGGAGGCUCAGUGGGGAGUCGGGAGCUCCCCUCAGAGGGACGACCUGAAGCUGCUCUGCGAACAGAACGAGGAAGAAGUUUCCCCGCAGCUCUUCACGUUCCACGAGGCCGUCUCUCAGCUGGUGGAGAUGGAGGAGCAGGUCCUGGAGGACCACAGGGCCGUGUUCCAGGAGUCGAUCCGCUGGCUGGAAGACGAGAAGGUGCUUUUGGAGAUGACGGAGGAGGUCGACUACGACGUCGAGUCGUUCGCAACUCAGCUGGAACAAAUCCUGGACCAGAAGAUCGACAUUCUCACUGAGCUGAGAGAUAAAGUCAAGUCUUUCCGCUCUGCGCUCCAGGAGGAGGAACAAGCCAGCCAACAGAUAACCCCGAAGAGGCCUCGCGCACUUUAGAUGCACGCCAAACACGUGACGUCUCACUGCAGCGCCGCCGACGCAACAGCCGAUUCAGCUCGGCUGUGAAUUCCCGACUUCCUGUCUCUCCGUGCGUUUGGUCUCUCGUCUUUGCUGUACAGGCUGCCGUCACUUCCCAUCACGCGUCCGUCCGAGCCGAAGAGCAGACCGAGCUCUUCCAUCCUCCCGUUACGUGUAUUUACAAGGUUUUGUAUGUGUGACAAGUCACAAGUGCUUCAUUUUAAACAAAAAAGUGAAUAAUUAUUUGUUUUAAAUACAUUUUUAUAGGGUCAAUCAUAGCUUAUCUUCACUUUGGCCAAUUUUAUAAACAACUUUUGCCAUUUUGUGCAAUACUGGAAGGCUUUUCUUCCUGUUUUCCCCCAGAGGUGAACGGGGCACGUGGAGUUUGUGUGUAAAAUGAGCCAACGUGUGUUUGUGUUGAUACUGUAUGUAAUAUAUGUUUGACUGAGAGGAAGCCUAAAAUACAAAACUAACCAUGCAUUACAUGAACUGACCUGCUGGGGGCACUGUAAUCAAAGACAAAGCAACUGGUUUCAAAGUGUUCCAUACAAAGAUUACGGAAACAUUUUUUGAUUUGCCAAAAAUAAAGAAAGGUUACUUCUUGUU